GUCAAUUUUCCAAACUGCUAUUUCCCGCCCUCCGGAGACGUGUUGAAACUUGUCAUAAAACUAGAUUCAUAUUCAUUUUGAAGGAUUUGCACUGUAUUUUAAGAUUGUUUUCUAUUUUGUUGGUUUUCGUAAUUGUAAUUCACACAAUGUGGAACGAUCAAUCUGCAGUUGGUGGAGGUUUCUUCAACUCUCCAAAUCAAUUUGGCAACGUAAACACACCAAAUCAAGCUCAGAAAUCUGCUCGAAGAUCAUCACGUACAGCCCCUAUUGUUAUUAAACAAGCUCUUCACAGUGGUGAUGAUGGUGUCAAGAUAUGGGGCACAGAAAUCCAGAUUGUUUGUAUUGUGGCAAGGGUUCGAAACAUUCGAAUGCAAAGCACAAAAAUUACAUACACCUUACAAGAUAUUACAGGAAGAAUGAGAGCUGUACUUUGGCUGGAUCAAGAUGCAGCUGAUGAUGAGGAUAAAUCUGCACCCAAAGUGCAAGUGAAUGACUACAUAGAAGUGUUUGGUACAGUGAAAACUAAUAAAGGAAGGAAAGUACUGAUGGCCUUCAAAAUUAUGCCAGUAACGGAUAUCAAUGCAAUCACAUUCCACUACUUACACUGUAUACAAAAUAGACUCAAAAUGGAAUGUGACUCUAAAAAGGAAAAAGUUGAGAGCAAUAAUUCUACUUUUGCUACUGGUUUACCUGCAAAUUCAAUGGUUGGUGUAACUGAAAAUAGUGGUUCAGUCAAUGGCCUCAAUCCACGGCAAAUGAUGGUAUUUAACCUCAUAAGAGCUUCUACUAUGGAGCAGGGUAUCAGUAAGGAGGAUAUGUAUGGUAGUCUCAAGGAUCGUAUGUCACAAGUUGAAUUUGAAAACAUUCUUGAAUGGAUGUGUGGAGAGGGCCACAUCUAUUCCACAAUUGAUGAAGAACACUAUCGUGCAACUGAUGCUUUCUAAUUCUGCAUUUUAUACUAUUAUAUCUAAGAAGUUUCAAUAUUGUUACAUUCUCACAUAAUCACUGUAAGUAUUUUGAAUUAAAAAAAACUAUAAGUGC